UUUUCAUUUUCCCUCUUUACACCGUGCUGUAAACCUCUAACGCUUCAUCUUCUUUCUUUUAUGACCCUCUAACCAACAGAGAAACCAGCCAUCGCACAUCUCCUCCUGGAAUCACUGCCGGUGAGCAUGGUGUCCGGCGACGGAACUGGUGUGGCCAACUCUACUCCUCUCUCCUUCUUCGCUCGUGAAAAGUCAGGGCCUUUCUUCAUCUCUAUCCACGACCGGUCUUGUCUUCAUUCUCCAAAAAUUCUUAUUCUUGUUUAGUUUAGUAAUAUUUUUAAAAAUAACAGUGACGGUCUUGCUACAGAGUGGGGAAGCAAUGAAAGCUGAGCACUCGCUCGCGCACAAUAAUAGAGACGAUUCACACUUUCACAUUGGUGAAGCAGCCUUGGAAGAAAUAGAUUGUUGCUUCUUGAGAUCGGUUGUGCCAGAUUCCGCACGCGAGGUGAUAAAACUAUGUGCGUUGGAUCUUGGUUAGGGUUGAGCAAGAUAUUGUUGUUAUUCAUCAACUACGAGUUUGUUUGAUAAUCGUUUCAUCCAAUGGCGGUUUGCAAAUGCAAGAGCUUGUGCUGUGAAUCACACCAUUUUCCUUCAAGUUUGGGGAAAUUUCAUAUGUGCUUUGAAUACUCAAGCCAAACUGCGAUAUUCAAUGGUACUAACGAGGAUAGAAAUUGAGAGAGAGAAGCUUGAGAUGAAACUGGAUGGUAUACUGCAAUCUCAAAUGAAGCUAUUGAAAACAUGGAGAAGUAUGAAAAGGCAAUAUGUAGCUGCAAUCACCUUAUUGCAAGAAUGUUUGUAUUCUGUUGCAUGCAGAGUUCAUCUUUUGGAAGGUGCUCAGGUGGAUUUGAAAUUAGCAUUAGUUUCUCAGAAGCGUGCAUUGAAGCUAACAGAUUCCAUGAACUCUUCAUUAUCAGCUUUUUUACCCUUAGCUGACGAGAUUGCUGGAUUGCUAUCAGAAUUAGCAGAAGUUGUUGUACAGGAGAAGUUUCUCUUACAGGAAUUCAAUGAUAUGUUCCAUACCAUGUGUCUCCUUCAGGUAACUAAAUGUUCUUUUAGCUAUUCCUUUAAUGAUGUUUUUAUUACCUUAUCAAUUUAUUUUGACAUAAUAUAUAUAUUUUUACAUUUUUUUUAUUGAUUUUCAUUAUGCACCAUCUCAUGGUAAGUGACAACAUGAGAUAUGCAAUUUUGAUGUAGUAAAUAUUGUGAAUACCAAUUGUCGCUGCCCCUGCUUUCCAAGGACAACAUCACAUACCUCUCUCUCUUUCUUGCCAUCAUUCUUCUUUUCUCUUUUCUUCUGUUCACAGUUUGGAUCAUAUAUGUAAUACACUAGGUGAUUUAAUGGAUCAGCCAGAGUUAUGACCUACUUUUGGUGUUAAUCAAUGUUUCAUUUGCUUUUCAUCGUUUCCCCAUUGCUAAUAGUACAUAUGACUGUAAAAAGUUGAUACCUUUUCUCCAUUUUUUGUUUCUGUCUCUCUUAACUAUGCUUAAAAUAAGAACAAGAAAAGUGGUUUGUUUUGUCAGCAUAGAACAUAUGACUAGGUUCAUGUCCUGCAAAGAAAGAGAAAAUAU